AUGCUUUUUGUAGGCUUCGAUUUGGGUGUCGUUGGAGGUCUUUUUAUAGCCCCUUCGUUUCAGUCGCAUUUCGGCAUCGAUCCAAAUGACACGAUACGAGAAGCCGAUAUCAAUGGCAGCAUUGUUGCCGUUCUACAAAUCGGUUGUCUGCUAGGAAGUUUGGCCGCCACCAUCACAGCUGACAAGUUGGGCCGUAAAUGGAGUAUCACGAUCGCAGCUGCGAUAUUCACCUUAGGGGGCAUCCUACAAAUACUUGGCGAUGGUCUUUCCAUGCUUUAUGCCGGUCGACUCGUCGCAGGGCUUGGGGUCGGUGCAAUGAGCAUGCUUGUACCUAUUUACGUUGCGGAAAUAGCUCAUCAAGACCAGCGAGGGAUUCUAGGGGGAUUAUGGCAAUUUUUCAUUGCUGCUGGUCUUGCCAUGUCGUAUUGGACCAAUUAUGUCGUUCAGAGUCACGUUGCUGUAACAGAUGAUGCCCUAUGGCGCAUACCCUUGAUCGUUCAAACGGUACCGGGCGUCAUCAUGCUGUUUGGCAUGCCAUUCAUGUUUGAAACACCACGAUGUCUCUGUGCACACGACAAGCUCGACCAAGCCCGCAUUGUGGUGGGUCGUAUACGCGGAUUGCAUGUUCAUGACGCACAAGUGGAUAAAGAGCUCGAACAUAUCCAAAGUGGCCUAUUAUUAUUAGAGCAACAGCAACAACAAUCCACAGCAUCAAAUCCUUCAACAUUUACAGCAUGGCGUAUGGUGUUUGCCCGUCAAAAUCGACGACGACUGAUUAUCGGCAGUGCAUUGCAAAUGUUCCAGCAGUUGACUGGAACAAAUGUUAUCAACUACUACUCGCCUAUUAUUUUUAGAUCCAUUGGAUUAUCAUCCAAUACGACCGAAUUGCUGGCAACCGGGGUGUAUGGUCUCGUGAAGAUGGCUGUCACGCUGAUCGGGUUUUCAUGUCUUGUUGAUCGAUGUGGAAGACGUAAACUGCUUAUUGGUGGAGGUACAGCAAUGGGUCUAUGUAUGCUAUCCGUGGCCAUUUGUGUGGGUGCCCGACCUCCGUCAGUCAUGGGCGAUGCAGUGCAUCCAGCCUCGUAUGUGGGUAUCGUAUUCAUGUAUGUUUACGCUGUAUUCUUUUCAUUAUCAUGGGGCCCUAUCCCCUGGAUCUACUGCUCUGAGAUUUAUCCAAUGUGGAUGCGCGCCAAAAGCACGGCGGUUACGACGGCUGUCAAUUGGGCAUUCAAUGCCAUCGUGGGAAAGUUCAGUCCACUUCUUCUAGCGAGUAGUACUCUUGGCACCUUUAUAUUCUAUGGAAUAUGGUGCAUUGUUAUGGCAAUCUUUUGCCUAGCGUUUAUUCCAGAGACUAAGGGCAAAACUUUGGAAGAAAUGGAUAUGCUAUUCUCUACAAAUCUACGAGAAAUUGAAGGAGGAUCUCAAUGUCAGCAACAGCAUCAUCAUUAUCAAAAAGAUGGUUUAGAAUAGGUUAUGACCAUCACACCAUCUUCGUACAGAAAUUGUUGGAAAAAGACGUCAAUUUGAUCUCCUGUUAUUGGUGACACAAUCAC